UGGAUCUUAGAGAGUCAGACAGUAGGUUAGUGUGUUCGGGUAGGUCUAAGUGGUGAGGAGUGGGACGUUGUCGUGCACCUAACACCACGAUGGACGACUAUCCGAUGUAUGGGUUGCUCGUUGGGUUCUCCCUCUGGGGGACCCUCUGGCGUCUCCUCUUUCCUCUGGGGUUCUGGCACACCUUCACGUGUAGAGUAGAUACCCGGGGUGGUGCCUCCACCAAGCCAUACACGAAGGAGGAGGAGAAGAUGGCCGCCAUCUUGCAGGAGAGGAAGGAGAAGAAGGAGGCCAAGAAGAAGGCCUUGAAGGAGGAGCAGGCGGCCAAAUUGAAGAAGAUAGAAGAAGAGAUGGUCAGAGAGAAGGAGAGGAUACAGAAAGAAGAGGAAGAGAAGUUGAAAGAGGUGGAAGAGGAGGAAGAAGAUGAAAUGCCACUGCAGAGGAAGAAGGGUCAGUACAGUGGCAAUAGGGAUGAGGAGAUGGAGAAGCRGAUCUCAGAGUGGGUCRCCAACUYAUCCCUGGGCGAAGAAGAAGAAGUGGCGAUGUAUAUCCCUAAGGACGAUCAGGAAGCCGCUAUGAGAGCUUGGGAAGCAGAAAAAGAUGUUGUAAAGCGGCAGGCAAUGGAAGAUGAGAAGAGAAUGGAAUGGAGGUUGGCAGUGAUGAGGGAGAAGAAGAGAAGAGUGGACGCGGCAGCGGAGGCGGCGGAAGAAUUAGAGGAGGAGACUCCCACACCACAUGUGCCUAUGGCAGAGGUUGCAGGCCGGUGUCUAGAUAGCUGCCCGGAGACCGCUUGUAUUAGGGUCUCUCUAGACACCUCCCUCACAAGCGUAGCCGAAGAGUUGAAGGAGAGGAGGCCCGCCUGGGCCAAGAUGAAGAGGGAGAAUAAAGGGCAGCUGAUCUUACUAGAUACAAAGAUUUUUAGAGGUAGAGUAGGGGCCCUAGUAGACUCAGGGGCCACCCGCAGCUAUAUUAGUAAGAAAGCGCUGCAGAAGUUGAGGCUGCGACUUAAAGUCCAGAAAUUGACAGACCCCAUAGUUAGUAUCCUCGCAGACAAUCGUACCAUGGUUGUAGAGGAUUACGUAGAGGAAGUCAAGGCGUAUUUCCGCCUAGAGAAAGAUGGGAAAGUGGAAAAGACCCUCCACUCCCUGACUCUUCUCGUAGAAGAUAGCCUCCCAUUUUAUAUUGUUCUAGGAAUGGAUUGGGGAGAGGCAGUCGGGGCCACGCUCCAUUUGAAGGAGCACGAGUGUAGGCUCCCUAGUUCUUCAGGCGAGGCUAAGACUGCCCGCCUGUUCCAUGUGUCCGGAGUAGAGAAUCCCUUGGCACAUUGCUGCCUUAGUGCGCCUGCAUUCGCCAGAUUAGUGAAAAAGGAGAAACUGGAGGAACAGGUUUUUGUCGCCUAUGUUAGGCCGAUGACUGAGCCUACGGAAGAAAAGUCGAUGGACCCUGCGAUUGCCAAGCUGCUGGAAGAGUUCAAGGACUUGACUGAGCCGCCGACAGGAGUAAUACCGCAGCCCAUCCAGCACCGCAUUGAGAUAGAGCCUGGCAGUAGAACUCCUAAGGGCGUUGUGUAUAGGAUGUCACCACGGGAGUUAGAGGAGCUUCGCAAGCAAUUAGACGAGCUCCUCGAGAAGGGUUGGAUUAGGCCCAGUUCGUCUCCUUUUGGAGCGCCUGUUCUCUUUGUUCCUAAGAAAGAGGGAGAGCUGAGGAUGUGCAUAGACUAUAGGGGUCUGAAUGCUAUUACAGUAAAGAAUGCUGAGCCACUGCCUAGGAUAGACGAUCUCUUAGAUCGAGUGCAGGGGGCGAAGUAUUUUUCCAAGAUAGAUUUGAAGUCCGGAUGUCAUCACAUAGAAGUGCAUCCUGAUGAUCAGUAUAAGACAGCCUUCCGGACUAGAUAUGGGCACUACGAGUUCAUAGUAAUGCCCUUUGGACUAACCAAUGCGCCAGCUACAUUCCAGCGCUGUAUGAACAAUUUGUUUAGGCCGUGGUUAGACAGAUUUGUUGUAGUUUACCUAGAUGACAUUCUAGUGUUUAGCAGGACCCUCAAGGAGCAUCAGGGUCAUCUCAGGCAGGUCUUGGAGAAGCUGAGGGAAGCUAACUUCAAGAUCAAUGCAAUGAAGUGCGAUUGGGCGAAAACCCAAGUUUUGUACUUAGGCCACGUCUUAGACAGAGACGACGUUAAGCCAGAGGAUAGCAAGAUCGCAGCGAUUAGAGAUUGGCCCACGCCACGUACGCUGACAGAGUUGCGCUCGUUCCUGGGCUUAGCUAAUUACUACCGGAAGUUCGUGAGGAACUUCUCUACCAUCAACACGCCCCUUCGCAGAUUGUUGAGGAAAGAGACCAUCUGAAAGUGGGAUAAGGACUGCACGUCUGCCAUGAAGAAGUUAAAGCAGGCAUUGAUAGAGUAUCCGGUCCUUAAAGUCGCCGAUCCGUCCUUGCCCUUUGUCGUCACGACCGAUGCGAGUCAAUACGGCAUAGGCGCAGUGUUACAGCAAGACGAUGGUAAUGGGUAUAGACCCGUAGAGUUCAUGUCCGCCAGAAUGCCUUCAGAGAAGGUCGCGACAUCUACCUAUGAGAGAGAACUCUACGCUCUCAGGCAAGCUUUAGACCACUGGAAGCACUACUUGCUUGGGAGGCACUUCAAAGUCUAUUCCGACCAUGAAACGUUACGAUGGUUAAAGACGCAGGCCAAGAUGACACCUAAGCUUACUAGGUGGGCCGCAGAGAUAGAUCAGUACGACUUCGAGCUCAAGCCUGUCAAAGGGAAGUACAACGCAGUCGCGGAUGCUCUGAGUAAAAGAGCUGAUUACUU